UGACCCCAUAUGAUAGCUAUGAUUAUUACAGUUUUCAUGUCUAGAUAAGCAGGUACCAAUAUAGCCGGUCCUUUAAACUUAUUUUACCUCAACACUUUUAUUUAUCAUGGCAUUCAACAUUUCAAGUCCGAAUAGUGGGAAAACUUGGAUUGGUUUUCCAGUAAAGGAUUUAUCACUUCCGUUGGUCGGCUUAUCCCCUAGCAUUUCACAGGUUUGUCCUUCCGCCUCUUUUCUCAGUUUAGUAAAAAGCUCAGGAUCAGCUCUCUCAAACCGCUACUCUGAAGCAUCACUAAAGGCUAUUGGCGUAAAGUAUAAUGCAGUCGUAGGCUUACUAAGAAUCAGAUGCUUCAAAAAAAAUCAGGUGGCACAGAGAAAGCUUACACACGACUAAGUGUCAGCCGGAUAGUUUCAUUCAGGGCAGACUGACUCCAAUGGCACAGGCUAGCCUCUGCCCGAUUCACCAGUAG